UCAAGGGUCCGCCCAUCGCGUCGCAUGGCACUGACGUCACGAUAGUAAACAAGAGCAUGUCGCACAGACCAACUCAAACCAGAGAAAUGAACGGCCAAGCGGACGUCGAAGUUGACUACAAGCGGAAAUACAAAAAUCUGAAGAGGAAAUUAAAAUUCCUGGUUUAUGAACAGGAGUGUUUUCAGGAGGAGCUGAGGAGAGCUCAGAGAAAACUCCUGAAAGUUUCCAGAGACAAGAGCUUCCUACUGGACAGACUGCUGCAGUAUGAGAGGGUAGAUGAAGACUCCUCAGAUUCAGAGGCAACAGUUUCUUCAGAAAACAGUGAUGCAGAAGGGCCAAGAGAGAGGGAGAGGGAACGAGAGCGAGACGGGGUGAAAAAGCGGAGAAGCAGUCCUGGGGCGUGUCUUCCUUCCUCAUCGUCCCCUCAUCUCUCCCUGCUGUCCCGUGCUGGUGUUAAUCCCCUGCAGUCAUCAGGCUCUGGACCAUACCUCAACACUAUGCCCUUCCCACCAGAGUAUUUGGCUCCUCCAGCUGAACGAAUGAAGAAAGAGAGAAAAACAAAGGCGCCAAAAAACAAGAGAGAGCCUACGGGGAAGGUCGUUGCCCCAAUGGCAGCUAAUUACCCAUCAGCCCCUGCGGCCCCUGCAACAGCCAGUAGCCCAUUCAGCUGGGUUCCCAGACAGAUGCUCAGCGGAGAUGCAGCUGAAGAGGAGGGGGAGAGUGAUUUGGACAGCGACAGAGGAGAUGAAGACAGGGGGGAGGGAGACGAGGCUGAGUUAGUCAUUGACAUUCCUAAUGAAUGAGUCUGAGUGUGUGUGUUUCUGUGUGUGUGUGUAUUUAUAAUCAGGAGAUGGAGGAGUUCUAUGUGUGUGUGCAAGAGCAAAAGACAGAAUGUGACUGAAAGUAUUUCUGGUUUCAGCAGCCCACAUUUUCAAAAGUGAGCCAAGCUCCCUCUGGUGGAUUUUUGCUUCACUGCAUUGUGGCUGUCCAAAAUAUCUCCUGCAGAAAUGUACUUUUUAUAUAUUAUGCCAAGAAUUUAUUAUGUGAUAAAAAUGCAGUUUGUGAGUUACCACCAUGAUGAUUGGAUAAUUAUGUACUCUGUUUCCAACUGGCCAUUUAUUGUCUAAACAUUCUAGCAACGCACAACAAUGAUUGCAACUAGGUGUGUCCUUCCAAGAGGAAUUGUGUUUCUGUUAUUUGUCUUGCUUUGUCCAACCUUCCAUCACAGACUGGAAAGUAGUCCAUGACAUAACUAUGUAAUUGAGAUAGAAAUGCUGAGUCUUCACUUGGUCCAGGUAGUUUUUUUUUUUACAUCUCUCAUCUGAACUAUAAUAUUGAUGAUUUUGACUAUAUCAUGAUGUUGCUAUAAUUUUGCGUUUUUUUCCCCCCUAAAAUUGUAAAAAAAAAAAAUAAAAUCCUUAUUAAUGAAAAUAUACUAUUUUUGCACCCAUGGACUUCUGCAUGUCAGAGA